UGAAGGAGUUGCAGCAGUUCCUAGGCUUCGCUAAUUACUACAACAGGUUCGUGCCACAGUAUGCGAAACUCGCGGCACCACUCAUGAAUCUGUUGAAGAAGAACACGCCCUACAAAUGGGAGACGAAGCACCAGGAAGCCAUGGAGCAGCUGAAACAAGCACUGACUUCCGCACCGGUGCUCAUCUUGCCAGAUCCCGAACGUGACUAUGUCAUUGAAGCAGACGCCAGUGAUCAGGCCGUGGGAGCAGUCUUGAUGCAAGACCAGGGGAAUGGACUGCAACCAAUUGCCUACCUCAGCAAGAAACUGCACGGGGCAGAACUCAACUACCCGAUACACGACAAAGAGGCCCUUGCUAUUGUCAUCGCCUUCAAAGCAUGGAGAUGUUAUCUCGAAGGACGUCAAACAACAGUCUACACCGACCACUGCAGUCUGAAAUAUCUGAAGACACAACCAACCCUUUCCAGGCGGCAGGUCCGGUGGAUUGACUUCCUCGAGACACACUUCCACUACGACAUCGUGUACAAGCCCGGCCACAAAAACAAAGCAGACGCCCUCAGCCGGCCUGCACACGGAUCAACAAAAAUCUGGGUACCCAAUUACCCUCCUUUGCGCCAGUUACUACUCGAAGAAUACCACGAUGUCCUGUACGCCGGACACUUCGGUAGCAACAAGACGCUCACCGGUAUCGCCAAACACUACUACUGGCCCCACAUGGCAGACGACGUCCAGAAAUUCGUCACCUCGUGUGAUACAUGUCAGCGGAUGAAGAGCAGCAAGCAGAAAAAGGCGGGACUACUGCAGCCUCUUCCUGUCCCAGGACAGCCAUGGCAAGUGGUUAGCCUAGACUUCAUCACCGGGUUACCACCUACCUCCAGCGGUCAUGACGCCAUCCUUGUCGUCAUUGACAAGUUCUCCAAAAUGGGACACUUCAUCCCAACACACACGACGGCACGCACCGAGGAGACAGCACAGCUCUUCGUUCGUCACAUCAUCUUACAGCAUGGCAUCCCAACUACACUCAUUUCUGACCGAGACCCCAAGUUCACCAGCAAGUUCUGGAAGGAACUCAUGUCUCUACUCGGCACCAAACUCGCCAUGUCAUCCGCAUACCAUCCGCAGACAGACGGACAGACCGAGCGCCUUAACCAGAUUGUGGAGCAACUCCUUCGAGCAGCCUGCAAGGACGACAUCUCCAAAUGGGACUUGCACCUGCCCGUACUCGAGUUUGCUUACAACAAUGCUACGCAUGCCGCUACUGGACAGACGCCGUUCUUCCUCUGCUACGGACGCCACCCACACACACCACAGAAACCGACAACAUCCGCUACGUGACGUCCUUGAGGACAGGCAGU